AAUUGAAGUAAUCGGCCUUCCGUUUGGUUGUUGAGUCACCGCCCUUUCACUUCCUCGACGAGUCCGUCCUGAGAGACUGCUUUGCUUCCUACAAAAAGCCACCACCAACCCAUUCCUAAUACCUUCUUUCUCUUCCCUCAACAACCCCAUUUUCCCCUUCCCUCAAUCUGCCAUGGAGGCUUCGGUUCUCUCUCGCAUAGGCCUUGCGGGUCUCGCUGUCAUGGGUCAAAAUUUGGCCCUCAAUAUCGCCGACAAAGGCUUCCCCAUCUCCGUCUACAACCGCACCACCUCCAAGGUCGACGAAACCCUUCACCGGGCUCAUGAGGAGGGCCAACUUCCGCUUUUCGGUCGCUACUCACCGCGCGACUUUGUCCUGUCCAUCCAACGACCCAGAUCCGUUGUCAUCCUUGUCAAGGCUGGCUCUCCGGUCGAUCAGACCAUCGCUGCUCUCUCUGACCAUAUGGAACCUGGAGACUGCAUCAUUGAUGGUGGAAACGAGUGGUAUGGGAACACCGAGCGACGAAUCCAGGAAGCAGCUAAUAAGGGUAUUCUCUAUCUGGGUAUGGGCGUUUCCGGUGGAGAAGAAGGCGCCAGGAACGGGCCUUCGUUGAUGCCUGGUGGGUCUUAUGAAGGGUAUAGCAACAUUAAGGAUAUACUUGAAAAGGUAGCUGCGCAGGUCGAAGAUGGACCCUGUGUUACUUACAUUGGAGAAGGGGGAUCUGGGAACUUUGUCAAGAUGGUUCACAACGGAAUUGAGUACGGUGAUAUGCAGCUGAUUUCAGAAGCCUACGAUGUACUGAAACACGUUGGGGGAUUGUCAAAUGAGGAGCUGGGUGAUAUUUUUGAAGAAUGGAACAGAGGGGAGCUGGAAAGUUUCUUGAUUGAGAUUACUUCUGACAUUUUCAGGGUUAGGGAUGAGCUUACAGAAGGGGAAUUGGUGGAUAAGAUUUUAGACAAAACAGGCAUGAAGGGUACUGGGAAGUGGACUGUGCAGCAAGCUGCUGAGCUCUCUGUGGCUGCGCCCACCAUAGCAGCUUCAUUGGAUUGUAGAUACUUGAGUGGAUUGAAGGAAGAAAGGGAGAGUGCAUCCUUGGUAUUGAAAGAAGCUGGAUUGAAGGAGGAAGUAGGGUCUGUGUCCCAAGGAAUUGAUAAGAAAAGGUUGAUUGAUGAUGUAAGACAAGCACUUUAUGCAUCCAAGAUAUGCAGUUAUGCUCAAGGAAUGAAUUUGCUGAGAGCUAAGAGUGUUGAGAAGGGGUGGAAUUUGAAUCUGGGGGAGCUGGCGAGGAUUUGGAAAGGUGGGUGCAUUAUAAGGGCUGUGUUUUUGGAUAGGAUCAAGAAAGCUUACCAGAGGAAUCCGAAUUUGGCCAGUUUGGUUGUAGACCCAGAAUUUGCAAGGGAGAUGGUGCAGAGGCAGGCAGCUUGGAGGAGGGUUGUGGGGUUGGCUAUCUCUGCUGGGAUUAGCACCCCUGGAAUGUGCGCCAGUCUUGCCUACUUUGACACCUAUAGGCGUGCAAGGCUCCCAGCUAAUCUUGUGCAGGCUCAGAGGGACUUGUUUGGGGCACAUACUUAUGAGAGGGUUGAUCGUCCUGGGUCAUUUCAUACUGAGUGGACGAAGCUUGCUCGCAAGAGUAAGCCUGGUGUUGGUGUGCUUAACUGAGCUCUCUAGUUUAGCAUACAAUAGCUUUUUGCUACUUGUUUGUUUCAAUUGGAUGUUGGUGGUAUGUUUCCCAUGGAUUAGGUUUUUACAUCGGCAUAGCAAUUAUUCUUCAGCCUUGAAGUUUUGCUGUUAAUAAGAAAUGCAUGCCUGUUGAGUCAUAUAAACCGAUUUGUUAAUGUCUAGAAGUUGCAUCAUACCAUGCAGUAGAUAGAGUUCACUUUCAGAAGAUCAACCACCUUUGUCAUUUACCAAAUAAUAAAAAGAGUUUCAUUCCUCCUUUUGCAUAUACAAUUCUGUUUUAAGAUUCAGAUAACAACUUCUUGAUGGAAGUGUCAUGAUUAGUUCCUGCUGGAGCUUGAAAAUUGAAACUCCAACAAAUUGGGCUGUGAGAAGACAAUUGUAUUGGGCUUACAAGUCUUCAAUAUAAUAGCCGAGAGUUAAAUACAUGUGGAAGGCGAAUAGCUUAGACUUUCAUUCUCGGGAAUUGAGGGUUUUAUACCUGGGAUCUCCAGGUCUCAGCUUGUGGUUUCGCUGCUGGAUCAAGUUCUCCGGGGGUAGAUAGAAAAAUCUUGAGCUGCUUCCUGAUGUAAACUUAUUCAAGGUUUUCUUGCCCUUCAUUCUUGUGGAAAUUGUAUUUAUUAGUUUUCCAUCAAAAGAAAAUCGGCUUUGGUAG